GCACUGGAAUGUGAUGACUUUGUUUCGCACAGUUCGUGUGCUGCUCCUCAAGGAUUUAUUAAUUGCCCUACGGUGCUAUCUCUGGACAGCAUUUCAAUUGGGUAUUCCAAUCUUAUUAGCUUUGCUCAUGCUUACCGUAGUUAAAGAACGGGAAAAGCAGCUAAAAGCCUGUGAGGGAAAAAAGGCCGAAAUAAAUUUGACAUUGGAAAAUAUGCAAAGAUUUGAGGGUCGGAUGUGUUUGCAAACUCCACUCAACUAUGUAAACGAUGGUCCGAAUAAAAAUGACAUA